AUGAAGGCUUUGUUGACUGCUCUAGACUUAUGGGAAAUAGUUGAACGAGGAUAUAUUAUUCCUGAAUCAUUAACUGGACAACAAUUAACUACUGAACAACAAAGUUUAGUAAAAGAGAAAACCACGAAUAAUGCAAAAGCAACUGCAUAUCUUCAUUCUUCUAUUGGAGAGACGAUUUUUCCACGAAUCAUAAACACUACUUCGGCAAAGGAGUUGUGGGAUACUCUCCAAGAAGAUUUUCAUGGCUCGAAAAAGGAAGAAAAGGAAAAUUUUCACCUUGUGAAAUAUGCAAUAAAACAAACCACCUGGAGAAAAAUUGCUGGAAUAAAGAUAAAAUACCAUAUAAUAUUCGCAAAAGGUUUAGCCAUGAACAAAGAUUGUUGGUAUAAAGACCAGCAGGCCAAAGCAAAUGUUUCUGAAAGUGGAAUGUUUGAAGAUCAACUAUUUGUUGCAUGUCAAUCCUCAAUAGGAACCAACAAAGACGUGUGGCUAAUUGAUAGUGGUUGCACAAAUCACAUGGCAAACAAUGAAUGCAUGUUCAUUGACAUUGAUACUUCCAUGUACACUCCAGUUAGAAUGAGGGAUGGCUCCAUUACAGAGGCAAAAGGCAAAGGAACAAUAGCGGUACAAACAAAGAAGGGAGCACGUUAUAUUAAAAAUGUCUUGUUUGUUCCUAAUCUUGCUUCAAAUUUGUUGAGUGUUCCCAAGAUGAUGCAAAAUGGAUAUUCCAUUAAUUUUGAGGGGAAUUCAUGCAACAUCUAUGAUCAACAAGGGAAAGAGAUUGCCCAAGUUCAAAUACAAAAUAAGAGUUUUCCUCUUUUAUGGAAAAACCCAAAAGAAGAAGUAAAUAGAAUGGAGCAUGAUGACUCUAGGUUAUGGCACAAAAGGCUAGGCCACUAUAACUUUCAUGCUUUAGAACUUCUCCAUAGAAAGAAUAUGCUUAGAGAUUUGCCACUCGUGACCUUACAAAAAUAG